AUGGAGGUCACUAGAAGGCUGUUCCUUUGGGCUGUUUUAGCUGUAUCCUAUGGGGCACAGCUGAAUUCUACAGAGGCUGAAGGCAGAUCAAGAUGCACGGCCAAUCUGGGAGGGGCCAAUCUGGGAGAGACCCACAAAGCCCUGGUCCUACAGCUCAAUGCUGAUGAGAACUGCACCUGGACCAUAGAACGACCUGAAAACAGGAGCAUCAGAAUCAUCAUCUCCCACAUCCAGUUAGAUCCAGAUGGAGGUUGUGAAAGUGAAAACAUUAUGGUAUUUGAUGGGAGAUCCACCAACGGGCCUCUGCUAGGCAAGGUCUGCAGUGAAAAUGACUUUGUGCCUGUGUUUGAAUCAUCGUCCAAUGCCUUGACAGUUCAGAUAGUCACUGACUGGACAAGGAUCCAAAGAAGUGUCUUUAUCUUCUACUAUUUCUUCCCCUCUGGUACCUCUAUCCCAAACUGUGGUGGUUACCUGAACACUCUGGAAGGCUCCUUCACCAGCCCCAAUUAUCCAAAUCCACAUCCUGAGCUGGCAUAUUGCGUGUGGCACAUACAAGUGGAGAAAGGCUAUAAGAUAAAAUUGACUUUUAAAGAGCUCUUCCUAGAAAUGGAUGAACACUGCAGAUUUGAUUUCAUCGCACUCUAUGACGGCCCCUCCACAACAUCAGGCCUGCUCAAACAACUCUGCGGCCGUGGGCAACCUACCUUCGAAUCAUCCUCCAACUCCAUGACUCUCGUGCUAUCUACAGAUUAUGCCAAUUCCUACAGAGGCUUUUCUGCUUCCUAUACUUCAAUUUACACAGAAGACGUCAACACUACAUCAUUAAGUUGUUCUUCUGAGAAGAUGAGAGUCAUCAUAAACAAAUCAUACCUACAGUCACUUAGCUACAAUGAGACCAAUUUGCAGCUAAAUGACCCGACCUGCAGACCAAGUGUAUCCAACGUCAUAGAAUUCUCUAUCCCCCUGCAUGAAUGCGGUACAAUCAAAAAGAUAGAGGAGCACACGAUCUCUUAUACCAACAUAAUCACCUUCACCAACUCUUCAGUGCCUGCUGUGAUCACCCGGCAGAAGCACCUCCAGAUUGUGGUGACAUGUGAGAUGGAAUAUAAUUCUACUGUGGAGAUUCUGUAUAUAACUGAGGAUGACAUCAUACAAAACCAAAGCGUCCUGGGCAAGUACAACACCAGCAUGGCUCUUUAUGAGUCCAGCACAUUUGAAAACUAUAUACAGGAGUCCCCGUAUUAUGUGGAUUUGAACCAAACUCUUUUUGUCCAAGUCACUUUGCACACCUUAGAUCCAAACCUGGUGCUGUUUCUGGAUACGUGCCGAGCCUCCCCCACCUCGGACUUCGCGUCUCCAACUUAUGACUUAAUCAACAGCGGGUGCAGUCGAGAUGAGACUUGUAAGGUGUAUCCCUUAUCUGGACACUACGGAAGAUUCCAGUUUAACGCCUUUAAGUUCUUGAGACACCUGAGCUCUGUAUAUCUGAAGUGUAAGAUCCUGAUCUGUGAUGCCAAUGACCACACAUCUCGCUGCAGUCAAGGCUGUGUCUCAAGAAGGAAACGAGAUACCUCCUCGUACAAAUGGAAGACUGAUUCUGUCGUAGGACCAAUUCGCCUGAAGAGGGACCGAAGUGCAAGUGGGAGCGCAGGACUUCUGUCUCAAACACAUGAAGCAGAAAUUUCAAACCAGCCUCUCAGCCAUCUGCACCUGUUUUCCUUCAUGGUUCUUGCUCUGAAUGUGGUGGUUGUGGCCGCAGCCACAGUGAGGCAUUUUGUAAACCAACGGAUGGAUAACAGAUACCAGAAGCUGCAGGUCUACUAGCUGUGGACCCCACGAA